CUCUAUUAAUUUCUCCCUCUCCCAUUUCCUUCCCUUUUCUUUUGCCAUAAGCAAGAUUUCCUUUGCCCCCUCCUCCCUUAAUCAACGUGAAAAACAAGUAAUAAAGUUCAUCACAUUAGCUCCAUGAGUUGGCUCUAUUGACUUGGUGGCGGCUUUGUUUGUCUGCACAUCCGAAAUGGCGCGCGCUAAGAGUUCUUCUUCUUCCUCUAGAGAGAGCAUCAACCCCCAUUUUCCCCACUCGAGUUCUGAUCUCAGUACUGAUCUCCAGCUCGGACUCAGCAUCUCUGCCUCUAGGCCGCAAGUACAGCCGGAGCGGCUGCAGCAGGUGGUGGCGGAAGAGGAAAAUGAGUGCAAUAGUGCUACUUUCUUUGUUAAGGUUUACAUGGAAGGGAUUCCCAUUGGGAGAAAAUUGAAUAUUUUAGCUCAUGAUGGGUACCAUGACAUGAUCAGGACUCUGGAUCACAUGUUCAAUACCAACAUUCUCUGGGCUGAGGCAGAGGUGGAAGGAUUGCAGUAUGAGAGUUGUCAUGUAUUAACUUAUGAAGACAGGGAAGGGGAUUGGAUGAUGGUUGGGGAUGUUCCAUGGGAGAUGUUCCUGUCCACUGUAAGGAGACUGAAGAUCACUAAAUGCUGAUUUUUGUGACAUAUAUUUCUCACUUUCUUCUGCUUGUGGAGUGAACUUGAAAAUCAAAAUCAAUUAGUUAGGUAGACAUAUAGUUGAUAUGUAGGGAUUAGGAUUACUUUACAUAUGUAAAUUUUGCAUACCAUAUGAUCACACAAGCAUCAGUUUUGUCUUGUGGGUUUUGUUAGUCCUGAAUGAUUAUAUGAUGAUGGUGCUUCUCAUUCUACCAUGUAAGUAGCAUUUUGGUUAAUUUGGAAGGAUGAGUAUGCUUUAGAGAAACCUUAAUUAAAUUGCAAAAUUAAU